UUCAGUAACCAGCUCUCUCCCUCACCCCACACACCCGGCACAGCGCCGCCCCCUCUCCCAGCUCUCUCACUCUCACCUCGGUUCACCGCCACCGCACGCUCGCCUCCGUCGCCGGGCCUCUCGCCGGAUCCACCUCACGCUCGCGUCUCCUCCGCUCGUCAUCCCUCGCGUGCUCCCUCUGCCUCGUAUUCUGCUCGUCCGCCAUUACUGCACCCAACGGUCUGUCCAGGUCUCUGCCCGCUCCUCCGUCCAGCCACCAUUGAAGUUUGAUAUUGAGAAUGGCGGAAGAUAAUAACGAAGUCACACAAACAUUUAAGGAUUUGGGAUUAUCUGAAGAAUUGGUGGAAACUUGUGAUAAAUUAGGUUGGAAAAAUCCAUUGAAGAUACAAUCAGAAGCGAUUCCUCUUGCACUACAAGGAAAAGAUGUGAUUGGACUCGCCCAAACGGGUUCUGGUAAGACUGGAGCUUUUGCACUUCCCAUAUUGCAUGCCCUCUUAGAAGCGCCACGCCCCAAUGAUUUCUUCGCAUGUGUGUUGUCUCCCACAAGAGAACUUGCUAUUCAAAUUGCUGAGCAGUUUGAAGCUUUAGGGUCUGGGAUUGGUGUCAAGUGUGCUGUGCUUGUUGGAGGGAUUGACAUGGUACAGCAAUCCAUCAAGAUAGCAAAGCAGCCUCAUAUUAUUGUCGGAACACCAGGACGCGUUUUAGAUCACCUCAAAAACACCAAAGGAUUUUCUCUUAAUAGAUUAAAAUAUUUGGUCCUAGAUGAGGCAGACAGGCUGUUGAAUGAGGACUUUGAGGAAUCACUUAAUGAGAUUAUACAAUUGAUUCCUCGCGAGCGGAGAACAUUUCUGUUUUCUGCUACAAUGACUAAGAAGGUCCAAAAGCUCCAAAGAGUUUGUUUAAGGAAUCCUGUGAAGAUUGAAGCAGCCUCUAAGUAUUCUACUGUUGACACACUGAAGCAGCAAUAUCGUUUCUUACCUGCCAAACACAAGGAUUGCUACCUUGUGUACAUUCUCACUGAAAUGGCUGGAAGUACAUCAAUGGUGUUCACUCGUACAUGUGAUUCAACUCGUCUCCUUGCUUUGAUUCUUAGUAAUCUUGGUCUCAAAGCCAUCCCAAUUAAUGGUCAUAUGACCCAGUCAAAAAGGCUUGGAGCCUUGAAUUUAUUCAAGUCGGGGGCUCGCAAUAUUCUCAUUUGUACUGAUGUAGCUAGUAGAGGAUUGGAUAUUCCAACAGUAGAUGUUGUGAUUAACUAUGACAUCCCCACAAACUCCAAAGAUUAUAUACAUCGUGUAGGAAGGACUGCUCGUGCAGGGCGUUCUGGGGUUGCAAUUUCCCUUGUGAACCAAUAUGAGCUGGAGUGGUACAUUCAGAUAGAGAAACUUAUAGGCAAGAAGCUACCAGAAUAUCCUGCACAAGAAGAGGAAGUUCUACUUUUGGAAGAGCGGGUUAGCGAGGCCAAACGAUUAUCAGUAAUGAAAAUGAAGGAGGAAGCCAUGGGGAAGAAGAAACGGAGAGGUGAAUCAGAUUAUGGCGAAGAAGAUAUUGACAAAUACUUAGGUCUCAAGGAUAAGAAAUCAUCCAAAAAGUUUAGAAGAUGAGACCUUAUCACUACAGUUUCGUUUCAAGUAAUCAUCAUAUAUGUAUAUGGCAAUUUUGGUAUUUUAUUUAACAUAGUCUAUUGAUGCUUUGGGGUCCCUGAUUGAAGCUCUGGCUUUUGUCUUGAUUAUUGCAUAUUUAUGGUUGAUGGGACUUUGUAAUAUGGCUGAAAAGAAGCCUUGAAAAAUCAAUUACCUUGUACAACAUGAACCUUCUAUAUUUUGCUAAUUUUGCAUCUAAGGCUAUGAUUGCAAUCAA